AAACUUCAAAACAAAUAACCGAGAAACUACACUCAAACUAGUAUGGAUGAGUUUCUCCAUAAAGCACUCCAUGUCGAGGAAACUGAUGAGGAUAUUGAUUUUGAGUCAGCACCCAGUACGGGUCAAGAAUACUUGAGACGUGUUAUAGUUGAAUCGCGGAAAUGUGAUGCUGUCGUCGUUGCCGAUAUGACAGGCAAAAAGCUCAAAGCGCAAACCGUCUUGUACACUACUGACUCUGGCUGUCCAGCUGCACCACCUGGUUUCCUUCCUUCAGAUGAAUGGCAAAAGUUACAAGUUUCCCAGUUUUCUUCUCUAAGAAACCAAAUGACCCAAUAUUUAGCUAAACAGAAACAACAAGGAAUCAAAAUUAAACCAUCCAUAGCCUUACCUGACGGAGACAAAGAAAAGGAAUGGUCGAUAUUGUGCUUUGGAAAUCCAGACGAUAAAGAAUGUUCAGGAACACCACCUAUGCUUCCCAUAAUUUUGUCAUUGAAUCAGUUUAUGGUUGAAACUCUGCUCGAGUACAAUGUCAGCUGGCUGGAGGAAACAAGUUUUUCGCAACAGAGGGGUCAGUGGCUCUAUGCUUUGCUGGCAAAGUUGGAGAAACCUUUGAAGCCCGAAAUGUGUAGUCUCAUCAGAACGCUGGCGCGCUUGUGUAGCACAUUUCGGGCCAAUUUAACAUCUGCCGAGGAUCCACUUUUACCCCAACUGAAUCUUUUCAUAUGCCUAGUCGGUCGUUAUUUUGAUCAAACCGAUUUAGCUGACCCGAUUAAAUAAGAAA